AUGUUCAGGGCGCUUCAGCCUCCCCAAAAUGCGCUCUCACCGCACGCCGCGUCAGCCGUCACCAGCACCACCAUCCAUUGUCGUCGACCGUGUCUAUUGUUUCCUCGUAGCGUGACAGCGAAGAGGAGCCACUGCCGUUCUUUCGCAGUGAAGUCCACGACGUCGUUUGGUGACUACUUCGGUUUUCCGUUUGCCAAGUACUCCUCGACGCAGUUUGGCCACGGGGUCUUCUCGAAGGUAUUCUCGACGCGCGUGGCGGGUAGUGGAAAUCAGAAGGAACGGUCGAAGGCUGUCCUCGUUCGUGGAAAGGAGAACGACGAGAGUGUAAUAAGCGACGAUGCGUCUAUAGAUGUUGACAAUGUGGCUUCUGGAAAGAGUUUGGGUGACGAGAAGAAGGGGUCGUCACGCACCGCAAGUGGAAAAGAAGAGGACGCGAAAACUGCGAAGAAGAAAACGGUGAAGAAGAAGAAGAAGCCUUCGCUGAGCAAGAAGGUGUCUGCUGCAAGCAUUUCCGCGCAAGAGGAGUGUGUUGCAGAAGUUUCUGGAAAAUCUUCCAAAGGGAAAAAGAAGAAGGUUUCCAAGAAUGACACUAAUACUGUGGUUAUUCAAAAGAGUUCAAUUGAGAGUGCAACUGAAGAAACACAGGAUAAUUCUGCCUCUGUGGAAGAUGUGUUGAAGAAGAGAAAUGGGAAUUCUAGUCUGAUUGAAGAGACAAAACCCCUAUGGAAUUUUACGUACAAACCAUUGUAUCCUCCCUCUGGAAAGUCUGUGGUGGUUGUGGAAUCUGUUACAAAGGCAAAGGUUAUUAAGGGAUACCUUGGUGAUAUGUAUGAAGUCUUGCCAAGUUACGGUCAUGUGAGAGACUUGGCUGCAAGAUCUGGGUCGGUGCGACCUGAUGAAGAUUUUAGUAUGGUGUGGGAGGUUCCGUCGCCUGCCUGGACUCAUCUGAAGAGCAUCAAUGUUGCUCUGAGCGGGUACAUUUUCCCACCCCUCACUCCACUUGCUUCUGUUUUUGGCAGCAUUGGAUUGUUAUGGUGA